CAAGACCAUUACUCUGAUUUGUUUUUUUGUUUUGUUUUUUUUAAUGGAGUGCACGCCACCAUGGACAGACCAGGGUUUGGAAUAGGAGUGGCUAGCUAAGUCGGGAAUAUGUGGUUAAAUGGGACAGGAACGAGUAGACCGUGAGGAUUCUCUAACCCUUGCCCCAGAGUCCCAACCGUCUGAGAGGGUGUCGGACCUCACUGAGGCAAUCCUGGGCCGUUGGCACUAAAAUGUCCCUAAGUGGUGGCACUGCAGGCGGGAAAGGUGUGGACUCUAAUGCGGUGGACACUUACGACAGCGGGGAUGAGUGGGAUAUUGGUGUUGGAAAUCUGAUUAUUGACCUUGACGCUGACUUAGAGAAAGACAAACUUGAGAUGUCCGGUACCAAGGACGGCAUGGCGGCACCACCCAGUGCAGUGGCAGCAUUGCCUGACAACAUCAGGUUUGUUAGUCCAGUGUCUGGCUCUCAAGGCAAGGAAAGCAAAUCCAAAUACAAGCGCAGUAAGAACUCUAAAGACAAUAGUAGCAAAGCUUCAGCUGGAGAUGGGGGUAAAAAAGAAACUACAGGACGGACUCAGGGGGAGCCAACAGGCACAGCGGCAAGUGCAGGAGCUGCUGGCAGUAAUACCACCUCUGGGAGGAACAUAGAAAAAGGGGGCAAAGCCUCCCGAGGUGUUCUGAGUGGUAAAAAAGACAAAGAAGGGGCUAGUGGGAAAAGUAAGAAGGACAAAACAGAUGGAGCCCCAGUCGUGGCAAUAGCUGCUGCGGAGAAGGAUGUUGUGUCUCAAGCCCAAGUUGCUUUGGGGAAUAGCCGUAAUACAUCCUUUGAGAACACACAAUCAACAGACUUGGCAGAAGCCAAUCAAAUGGGGAAUAUUGCACUUGAACCUGUUGGGAUAGUACCAGCAUUGACCACAAAAACUGAACCAGAGGAGGUGGAAAAUGGUAAUAGUGAAUGCAAGACGUUAAAGAAGGUGAAACAUGAAAAGAUGGAAUCUCCUGUCUCCACGCCAGCCCCUCCCCCCCUCCACCUCCUGGCCACAGUAGGCAACAGUGAGAUUGCCUCGCCGUGUGAGCAGAUAAUGGUGCGUACACGCUCAGUGGCAGUGAACACAUCCGAUGUGGCCCUGGCUACCGAACCUGAGUGCUUGGGGCCCUGCGAGCCUGGUACCAGUGUCAAUCUCGAAGGCAUUGUGUGGCAGGAAACUGAAGACGGGAUGCUGGUAGUCAAUGUUACUUGGAGAAACAAGACAUAUGUGGGCACCCUGUUGGACUGUACACGGCAUGACUGGGCGCCCCCCAGGUUUUGUGAAUCCCCUACAAGUGAUCUGGAAAUGAGGAAUGGCCGCGGUCGAGGUAAACGAAUGAGACCGAAUAGCAACACCCCUAUCAACGAGAAUAGCAACUCAUCAGACAACAAGGGCACCAACAACAACAAGACACGUGCUGCCUCUAACAGUAAGGGCCGGAGGGGCAGUCAGACACCAUCAGAGCGCCGCACCCCACCUAACAGUAACACAGAGGACAUCAAGGCCAGUCCCUCCUCAGCUGGAAAACGCAAGACCAAACCAGCCUCAGACAUGGAACCAAAUUCCAGCUCAGAGGACACCAAAGGCAACAAACGUAUGAGGACAAACUCCAACAGUGGAGGGGUGGGACCAACUGGUCUGCCUAUCCCUUCUAUUAAGACUGAGCCACUUCCACCCCCCCUUGAUCGCAGCUGUCCAUCUCCAGUUCUUAUUGACUGCCCACACCCUAACUGCAACAAGAAGUACAAGCACAUCAAUGGUCUCAAGUACCACCAAGCCCGUGCCCACAAUGAUGAUGACAUAAAGUUGGACUUAGAUGGAGACAGUGAAUAUGGAGAGGAUUCAACUCUUCACCCUGAACCAGGGAACUGUAAUGGGGCUUCUAUCUCUCAGAAAGGAUCCUUGUCUCCAGCACGUUCAGUUACUCCAAAAGGCAGGAACUUUGAUGCUCAAAGUCCUUCCCCAUCUCCUGGCAAGUUUGGUUCAAAGCAGAGUAAAAAGAAAAUUGCUGAGACAGAUCCCGAAACGGGAGGUACACCAAUGGAUGGGUGUGAGGAUGGGCCAUGCCUCACUGAUGAGGCCAGCAAUGAUGGUCUAGAUGAUAAGAGAGGAUCAGACAAGUCCAAAAAGGCUAGCACUGGCACAAAGGCUGAUAAAAUGGCCCAGAAAAACAUGAAGUCACCACGGCCUGUUGGCCCAGGCUCCACAGCAUCCCAGCAGAUGUACUCUUUUCCUCCUGGAAACCCAAAUUCUUCGCCGGGGCUUACCCCAAUGAUACAAGGUAUCCCCAAGAGUCCCCAAAUGAAAGGCACACAGCCUAAACCCCCUGCCAUUGGAGAUCCUGCCUCAAGUAGCUCCAAAGACAAGAAGAAGAAAGACAAGAAGAAAAAAGAUGUCGGGAAGGAGGCUGACAGUCCCAAGCCUUUGGGAAAGGGAGGGAAACUAGAGGAAGGAAAGCUUCCAUACUCUGAACCUUCUGAUCAAGGAAAUAAGGGGGAAGGACUCCUCAAUGGUUCCUCAGAUCCUCAUCAGAGUCGCUUGGCCAGUAUCAAGGCUGAGGCUGACAAGAUUUACAGCUUUUCUGACAAUGCCCCUAGCCCAUCCAUUGGUGUAGCCAGUCGAAUAGAUGGCAGUGGGAUGCCGCAGCCUCUCACGCCACUUCAUGCGGUCAAUCAGAAUGGUGCUGACAAUUCUUCAGUCAAGACUAAUAGCCCAGCAUAUUCAGACAUUUCAGAUGCUGGUGAGGAUGGUGAAGGGAAACUAGAAGGCGUCAAAGUCAGGACAGAGGACCAAGCCAUCAGGGAAAGUGUCAAAAAAGCACUCUUUCCAAACCAGACACCCAACAAAGAUUCCCCGUACUAUGCUGGCUAUGAGACAUAUUACUCUCCCAAUUAUGUCAACCCCAGUCCCGGUGGGCCCAAUACAGGCACGCCAGUGGCAGAAGGUCAGGUUAAGAUCAAAAGGGAUGAGGACCAGGACCAAGGUGAGGAGAAAGUCAAGGUUGAGGUUCAUGAAGACCGCAAACCAGACAGCAGUGCUCCUGGCCAGCAGCAGCAGCAACAGCAGCAACCCUCAGUUAUCCAACAGCGAUCGAACAUGUACAUGCAACCUCUUUACUACAACCAGUAUGCUUAUGUCCCCCCAUAUGCAUACCAUCCCGAUCAAGCCUACCAUAAUCACUUGAUGAACACCAACCCAGCCUACCGGCAACAGUAUGAGGAGCGGCAGCGACAGAUGGCUGAACAACAUCGUGCUGCUGAGAAGAAGUCAGAUGUAGCCAUAAAAGAACGAGAAGCCUCCAUGAAGGAGGAGUGGAAACAAAAGAGCCCAAUGCCACCAAGCCUAUCCAAAGCCCCAAAUCAGUCCGACCUGGGAAAGACGCCACAACCCCCAGGAAAAUCCAGGGACUCGCCCUCUGAACCCUCCUCAAAAUCCAUUGGAAAUAUAAAAGGGGAGGACCAGAAGUCCCAGCAAGCUGAGGGGCUAAAGAUGAAGCUGACUGAAGGGGGCCACCACGGAAAGGAAGACUCCAAGCAAACACUGGAGUCCAGAGGUCAGGCAGGGAUGGAGCAGGCCAUUUGGUACAGACAGCAGUACCCAGAGAGCCAGAAGCCCCAAGCAGAAGAAGAACACCAGCAACAACAACCUCGAUGGAAAGAAGAACGGGACAGAGAACGGGAACGCGAUCGUAAAUUAAAGGAUGACAGGCAGAGGCCCAAGGACAGUCAAUGUGGGCCCAAGGAGGACAGCAAAGAGAGUAGCGAUCUCAGAAUCACUUCUGAGGACCAUCGGGUUAUGAGCAAAGACUCUCGUUCUAAUCCCCACAUGCAGUUUUCAUCACCACUAGCACAGCACCAAGGCUACAUGCCCUACAUGCAUGGUUACCCCUAUGGACAAGGCUAUGAUCCCAACCACCCUGGAUACAGGGGCAUGUCCUCAGUCAUGAUGCAGAAUUACCCAGGUUCUUACCUACCCGGAGGCUAUCCUUUUUCUCCAUAUGGCAGUAAAAUAGCUGGAGGUGAGGAAGGCAGCGACAAAUCUCGUGCUAGCCCCACUGUCACCAAAACAGCAACAGACUCCAAAGCCCUGGAUAUCCUGCAUCAGCACGCCAGCCAAUACAAGAGCAAAUCCCCCACAGUAGGCGACAAGCCACCCCACGACAGGGAGAGGGAGCAGGACAGAGGAGCUGCUGGGGACAGAGAUCGUGAAAGGGAGCGUGAGAGGGAAAGAGAAAGAGACUUGGACCGGCCGCGCUCCUCCCCCUCCCAGCGCAUCAUGCCCUCUCACCACCCUCUGGGAUACUCCCUGCUCCCAGGACAAUAUGACCUGUCCUAUGCCACAGGGAAACCCGACCGCCACACCUCAACCCUGCAAAGAUUCAUGUGACUGGCUCACAUGAGAAGAAGAUCUCCUGGGUGUUACCUUUUAGACAUCAGUUGAAUGGUGUUUCUAUCUAUAUUUUUAUUUCCUCUGCCGAAAGGCUAGGCAGAUUGUCGUUUUUUGUUUUUUUGUUUUCUUCCCCUACCCUCGUAAAUGACCCCAAAUUCUCCAAACCUUGGACUGUAACAGGACUGAUAAUAACCCAGGUUCAAAGCCAUCACUCUGCCCCAUUGCGCAGAGGAAACACCAACCCGCUGAUUAUCUAGUCUUUGCACUGUCAACAAAUACAAUGCAAAAAGAGACUAUUGGACUGCCAGAACAGCUUUUUUGUUGUUGUUGUUUUUUCUUUUUCUUUUUUUUCCUUUGACUGCAUUGUUUUUUGUCGCACGCAGAAAGAAAUUGGCAGUGAUUUUGGGGAGUUGGGUGGCUGAUGGGAAAGGGGAGUCAAACUAAAUUAAAGACUGACAAAAAAAAGUGAAUCAUACUGAAGUGAUUCCAACUUUAUGUCUUUGGCUUCUUGUAUGCCGUGAAACAACAGUAUAUCCUUAACUUGACAAAUGUUUGGCUAUAUUUUGUGGGGAGAGGGAAUAUGGCAACAGCUGCUUUCUUCAGAGACUUAAGAGCCUGAGACUGAAGUUUUUCAUUUUCCAUCGUCAUUGUUAAUUCCCAUCCUCUUUGAACCCUCAGUUCUUGUUUCAGGGAUGAUGUCGUCAUGUUUUGCGAAGGGACCGCAUACACCUCAGUGGAGAAUAAACACUAUUCACCUUUUCUUUUCUCGGUAAUAUUUUCGUUCUACUCCAUAUCAUUGUGUUCAUCUUUGUAUGUGUCUGAUGCUGGUAUUAGUCCUGUUCCUCCUCUCAAUGAAAAGGUCACAUCUGCUCACUCAAAUGGUGAAGCCACAUUAGCAAGCGAUGAAUUCACGGGGCAUUGUCAUCACUGCAUUAGGCCACUUGUGGGGGCUUUGGUGUUUUUUACUGUAAGAAUGUGCUUCAUUCAGCUCCUCGAGUUUGAUUCUUUUCUGUAAACAAUGUGAAAAUUUCACUCUACUCAUGUAUUUUUCUGCUGUAAUAUAGACUUUUAGCCUACUUUUGUGUGCAUAAAUGUUUAUAUUUAUCCCAGCACGCAACUGUUAAAGAGCUGUCACUGUUAAAUAGCUUUAGGCCUUCACAGAGUUUAACAUUUUGUGCUCAGAUCGUUGCUGUUGCAGAUUCCCCAGACAUCUCGAUGUGCUUCUUCUUUGCCCCAGCUUUGUUUGUCUUGCUGCAGAUUCCUUUUUCUUUUUUUUUCUUUUUUUUUAUUAUAUUAUUAACUUCUUCAACGAAUCACAAGCUUGGUGUAGUCACCAUUCAUCUCAACAUGCAGUGUGCGAUUAGACUGGUUCCAGACCUGUGAAUCGCUGUCCACAUCUCUGAUCUUUUGCAGCGAUUCAAUGGCAUCUCAAACUGACAUUUCAGUCAGAUUAGGAGAAGGCUUAAUGGUAGAUCAUUCUGAUUUUGUGGCUAUUGUGCGCUGUCAAAAGGCUAAAAAUUUCUCUUGGUACCUCGCUUGCUUGUGUGACUUCACCAUAACACACACUCACCUCAGAAAAUUGUUAGCAUGGCUUUACUGCCAGCGGCUAGCUUUCCAAAACUGGGCCAGUGAGUCUGAUACCUCAGACGCCAGUUUGCUUUGUUCAGUCGCUGCCUGUGCUGUAAGGUCAACUGCUGGCACGUUAAACAAAAGUGCAUGAAAUGACCCAAAAAACUCUGCUGUUAGUAUUACAGAACAAACACGAACCAAUCAAAUGCCGACGAGGAACUCCCAUUAAAAAGGAAGGGUGAGCCAGUGGAAACCUUGGAGAAAGAGCCGCCAUGGUAAAACGAGUGAAAUGGGACCUGGAUCACGCACACUUGACUGAAGUAGGAGGGCUCAGAGUUUCCCAAUCAGCUGAAAAGAAGCACGUCGCUCUAGGCUUCCCUUUGGAUCUCAAACUUGCGGGUGCCACUCUUGUAAAAUUAAACCAAGUCUGGUUAACUUUAAAUCUACACAAAGAGCGACUGUCAACACGGCCUGUUCUACCAGAGGUCCCUCUCGGCUUUAAAUUACAGUUAUCUUGUACCUCAGGGGUUGUAAGUGAAACUCUAUCCAUACGCUACUUGCAUCGAUUUGGGAGGGCGUGAGAGAAGCACAUUUUCUGCUCUGAGCUGGGUGUGCUGUAGUGGAUCAGAAAUGACAAAUUGGCUCAGGAUAGGGAAUUGUUAAAGGCUUAAUGCCAUAAAAAUGCUGUUGUGGGUCGGGAACAGUCCUUACAUUCCUCUAGAGCAUUAUAAUGAGAGUAGAAUAUUGACCGUGUUGUCAUUAAAUAUAAUUUUAUUAAUUUUGGUUUUACAACCACUCUUAAUGUCCCCAUUCUUGUAGGUUUUUUUUUUUUUUCCCCCCCUCCAUUUAACACUAUGUGAUCCAGUCCAUAAGCCACCAGUUGCUCAUAUCUAACACCCUCUGGAGUUGGAUGUUAUCUGUUUGUUGAGACACUACUCACGAUCGUGAAACUGCAGCUCUUCAUUUUAGGUUUCUUGGACAUUCCAAGUAAAUAAUUUGCCAGUUUCUCGUCCCACGAAUUUCGCCAGAUGAUUUCUCUUUCGUCUUUUUACGCAUUUUAAAGAAGAAUGGCUGACAUGAAUAAGAUGAAUGUGGUGGUGUUUGACUUGUACUUAAUCUGUAUGGGUAAUCUAGGCAGCUGUGAUGUUGUCAUUAAAAGUCGUGGGUUUUAGUACCAGCAGACUGCAUACAUAUAGUUUUAUCAGACAAUGGUUGUGACAAGUGCAUUUGUUCUCUCUCUGAGAGUAGUAAUGUUAUCUCGGUAGUAAGCAAAGCCCAGUGAAACUCAUUUAUACUGAAGUGUAUGAAAAGCCAGAAAAGUGAUGUUUGCUAUCAACAUAUUGGAAAGUGCUUGGCUCUUGUAUUUUGCAGGACUGUAUUUGUUUCAUGGUGAAGAGUAUAUUUAUUGGCCAGCAGUUGUCUCAAUUGGUGCCUAGUUGAACAUUCUUCUGUGAAAACACAGAGACACUUGCUCGUUUGUCCUUUCCUGACCCACCUACUGUCACGCAAACCCCCCCCCCCCUCCUCCCCUCCCCCAGAGUACCAGUAUUGGUGCUUGCAAGGAUGUUUACAAUGUCUUCAUUUUCUUUCUGUGUGAGAAAUUCAAAACUCUUCCCCCCUCUCCUCCUUUCUCCCUCCCUUCAGGAGUUUGUGUAAAGUGUACAUUACCAUGGUUCUUUUUUAUACAAUACUCUGUAACUUGCCUUUGUAAAUUUGGGCUGGAAAAAAAUAAAUC